AUGGGAAGUGGGCUCGGCGGUUGAAUUGCUAGUGCAGUUGUGCCUCAUUCACACAUGGCUUCACAUGUACCUUAAUUCCCCUCCAACACCUCAUUGACUUCGAACAUUUUUCUCUGGGAAGUUCAAACAAUUCUCGACAUCGACAUAUUCUAAACUUUCUUUUCUUUCAAACUUUGUCAAUCGUUCGCCAUGUCGACCGCCGCUGAGGAGAAGGCCGUUGAGGCUCCCAUCGAUACUGAAAAGAGCGUCAACUCUGCUUCCACAGAAGAGCACCAACACAGAGCUCAAAACAUCGAUAUCGAAACCACCGCUAACUCAGACGGUUUAUACGUCGUGAAAGACACGGACCUCGGUCUCAAACUCGCCAAAGAUGGCAGCACAGUUCUGAUUCCCCAACCAUCUGACGACGAUGAAGAUCCUCUCAAUUGGUCGUGGUUGAAGAAGCAUAAGGCGUUCUUCGCUCUGCUUCUUCCAUCCCUCCUCACUGAUUGGGGAAUGACAUGGGGAACAACCAUGUUCGAAGCCCAAUCCGUCACCUGGGACAUGUCAAUCCCGGAUGUUGCUCGCUCUAUUAGCGGAGGGAUUUUCUUGCAGGGUCCCGGUGGUAUUUUGGCGGUACCUCUGAUCCAGCGAUAUGGACGUUUGCCUGUGCUGUUCUGGUCGCAGGUUCUAGGCUGUAUUAUGGUUAUCGUUGCCACGUUUUCCCCCUCCUAUGCUUGCUUCACCGCGUUCCGCACACUCCAGGGAUUCGUUGCCACCUCGCCCCAAGUAAUCAGUCUCUCAGUCGUGCACGAUCUUUUCUUUUUCCACGAACGUGCACGAAAAGUCAACAUAUGGGCAUUCACAUUCUUAUUCGGCGCCUUCUUCGGCCCCAUGAUGUCCUCUUUUCUUCUCUCUAAAAUCUCUUGGGAGCUGGACAUGGGAGUCCUAGCAAUCUGGUACGGCGUUUCCGCCAUCUUGGUCGCAAUCUGCGGCGAAGAGACUUUGUAUGACCGCCAGAAAGGCGUCAAACCUACAUCUGGAGCUUCAAGAAUCUCGCUCUUGAUCGGUAUUGCUGGAUGGAAGGCAAAGGGCCAGUCCAGUCUCACGACAGUGUCGAAGCAUCUGGUCUCAGUCGGAAUCAAGCCUCAGCUCCUCCUCCCAUGUCUCUUCAUCCUUGUCCUCUUCACCUGGGCCAUCGGCAUCGUCACAACAGUAACGCAGUUCAUCCGUCCUCCCCCCUACCUUCUCGAUGACACGCACGCGUCACUCUUCUACUUCGCGCCCAUCGUUGGAGGUAUCGUCGGUGAAUUUUUCGGCCAUUUCUUCAACGACUUCCUCUCAAAUCUCUACAUCAAGACUCACAAUGGGAAAUACAGCCCAGAGAACCGCCUCUGGGGCGCGUAUAUCCCCUGCGCGUUUGGUAUCGCUGCAAUGGUGCUCUAUGGCCAGACUCUGCAGAAGGGUCUGCCAGUCAUUGGACUUGGUGCUGCUUGGUCAAUGAUGGUUUUCGCUGAGGUAGUGAGCACGACUGCCGUCAGCGCUUACCUAUUGGACAUCUUCCCUCAUCAUGCUGCAUUGGCAAGUGCCUGGUUGAACUUUUGGAGAACGACUGGUGGUUUCUGCGUCACAUACUUCCAAACCCAAUGGGUAGCCAAGUCCGGCGCUGCUGUGACCUUCGGCGUGCAAGGAGCUAUCAUCGCAGCCAGCUUCAUCUUCAUCAUCAUCACGCAAGUUAUGGGCAGGAGCUGGAGAUUGAAGUUCCUUCCUCCGGCGGCCGAGAUCUAGUGGUCCAAUCAUCGUUCUAUGUUCUGUGUGGUCUCGUUUGUAUUUAGACCUUCUUUCCAUGGCUUAGCAGCUCCGUUACUUGCUGGCAGGCGCUUGGGGUGCAUCAUUGACUGCGACAAAUUGAGCAAAAGUAUAUACAAUUGUAACUCGGGGUUUCAAAAAAAGGUUUUAUACCUAUAUAUCGCAGAAUGCCAUCGUGAUAAUUCAUUUCUGCCCUCGGAGUCUCAGAAAAGGAGCUUCAAGACUCGGAUAUUUAAGAGAUGUGUUUCAUCCUUCAAUAAUUUUAUAUGCUUUAGUUGACGCUAUAGAUAGACUCUCGGCACUCGUUUCCUUGAAUCUGAGUUCGCGAUCUGAGAAAUAUGCUUCCGCAGAGUUCACAUGGAACAAAUUUAGGAAACCUCUCGCAAUC